AUGAAGCCUCAUCGACCUUCCGAUACCAGCCACUGCCCGAACGGAACAUUGUGCAGCGAUUUACCCAACUUAUGCCUUCAGUGCAACUACAAUCCCCAGUGCAUUUACGGAGCGGAAAUUAAUGUGACCUGCAUACCGAAAAGUUCCGUCUCCUGUCACAAUGAUCCAUCCGGGCACGAGAUCAAGCGACGAACGAUUUGCCGGUACUGCUACCAAACCGAGCGUUGGGAGCAGAUUUGCGAACAGAAAGGAGGCUGUAACUCAAUCGAUUCUCAGUUCAAAACCAAUUGUACCGUGAACAGUGAAAUACUCUGCAGGGGCCAUCGGACGUUCAUGAAGAAAGUUCCCUGCAACUGGACCCAGGGCUACAGAUGGUCGACGACGUUGAUUCUGAGCAUAACGUUGGGCGGGUUCGGGGUUGACCGAUUCUUUCUGGGACACUGGCAGGAAGGAAUCGGCAAACUUUUUAGCUUUGGUGGUUUGGGAGUUUGGACAUUGAUCGAUGUGCUGCUGAUCUCGCUGCACUAUUUGGGACCUGCGGAUGGGUCUCUGUACAUCUAGGAUGAAGCGUAUUUUUCUCGAGCACAAGUAACUAGGGACUUGCGAUGUGAUAAUUAGAAAUAAAUAUUUUCGUUCGAAAAACAUAGAGGA